CUCUAGGUGAGUUUUAUUUUGCAAAAUGUCAAAACAAUAUGGUCUCAUCAUUCCUGGACAACAGAAGAAACAAGAUGAGUCGUCAACAGCUGCUCGGCCAAUAUCUAAGCCAUCUAUAUUUGAUGAAAGCUCCUCGGACGACGAAAGUAGACCACAAUUUAAACCGCGCACAAGUAUAGUACAGGGACCUAGUUUGAUGGAGCGGAGAAUUGCACGUACAAUGCAAGAGAAGGCAUUAAAGGAAGAUCCCACGGUUUUCCAAUAUGAUGAACUUUAUGACGAAAUGGAAAAUAAGAGAGAACAGGAACAAGAAGUUAAAAGCAAAGAACCGAAGAAGCCCAAAUAUAUUGGUCGCUUAAUGGAGUUUGCUGAACGUCGUAAGUUGGAAAACGAACUGAGGGUGGAGAGGCAAGUCCAAAAAGAACGUGAACAGGAGGGUGAGGAAUUCAAAGACAAAGAAAGUUUUGUAACCUCUACUUAUCGAAAGAAGUUGGAAGAGAUGAGAAAACUGCAGGAGCAAGAAAAACGCGAUGAGUACCUAGAAGCAAUAGGGGAUGUGACAAAGCAGAAAGAUUUAGAUGGAUUUUAUCGGCAUUUAUUUGAACAGAAAACAGGUUCAACAAAAGAGGUUAAGAAACCGGAUCUACUCGUUGUUACAUCUGCAGGAGAUGAAGAUGAUAUAGCAUAUAAACCAAUAAAGUCUGGCAAAGUACCACAACAACGAACCUACCGUAAGCGCCGUGCUUCCGAUGAGAUGGAAGAGGAUGACGGAGAAAAUGCAGAAAACGAGAGUAAAAAGGUGCAUUUAUCAAAUAAUAUAGAUGCAGAUUCGGACUUUAGUAUUGAUUCAUCAUCUGAUGAUGAAGAGACCUCUAAAGAAGCUGUAGGAGAUAAAAUGGUUGAUAAGACCAAAGGAUUAAUGGCGAACAAUAGUGCAACCACAACUGCUAUAAAUUUGGAUGCAAUAAAGAAAGAAAAACCUGACGAAAAGAUCGAAGAGAACGAUUCAAAAACUGAGAAACUUGCCCCAAUAGUAUCAAGCGAAAGUGAUUUGGUCGAUGUAAAACCCAAGGUUAAAAUAGAUAAGAGUGCGAUAUGGAAGAAACGUACUGUUGGGGAAGUUUAUGAAGCGGCCGUUCAACGUUAUUAUGAACGACGGGCAGCAAGGAGGGCAUAAAUCGAUUAUGUAGAAAAGAGUAAUAGUUAAGAUUUAAUCAGUUAUUUAAGAUUUAUAAGUUAACUACAAUAAAUAGAUUAAGCUCCGUAUGCAUUAAAAGAAGAAUGUGUAACUACAUACAGAUACA